UUUAACAGAGGCUUCUGUAAUAUUUUUUAGUUGUUUACGUCGAUUGGUUUUUAUUUAUUUAUUUAAAAUGGCAGCUUUGCUGCUCAUGCGUGCCUGCAGAAGGCCAACAAUAGCUGGGACAUAUAACUAUAUUUAUCCAGUUACGGCAACUGCAAACAACACGUACAAUCAUCGCCUUGCGUCAACAGAAGCGGCAAGCGCUGCUGCUCAAUUGGCAAACGCCGGUGGAUUGGUGGGAUUCUGGCAGACUUUGUCCAACAGCACGCCAGUGGCCUAUAUGCAAGAUGUGCUUAUUAAAAUACAUGACUACAGUGGCUUGCCUUGGUGGGCAUCCAUCGUCCUGUCGACAUUCCUCUUCCGAAGUGUUGUUACCCUGCCACUGACCAUUUACCAGCAUAAGAUCACAGCCAGAAUCGAGAAAAUAGCAUUAGAGAUGCCCGCCAUUGUAGAGGAACUAAAAAAAGAGGCGGCCAUAGCUAAGCAAAAAUUCAAGUGGAGCGAAAAGCAGACGCAGAUCGUUUACCGACGUUCGAUCAAGAAGCAGUGGCAGAAAUUGAUAGUCCGGGAUAACUGUCAUCCCAUGAAGACCAUGAUUGUGCUGUGGGGCCAGAUUCCCUUGUGGAUCUUUCAGUCGGUAGCGCUCCGAAAUUUAGUCUACAUGCUGCCAGAUCCCAUGUCUAUUCAAGCUCAAAUUGUAACCACCGAAAUGACGAUUGGUGGUUUUGGUUGGAUACCGAAUCUGACAGUGGUGGACAAUUCAUAUAUCCUGCCCGUAACCUUAGGUCUCAUCAAUUUGGCCAUCAUCGAAGUGCAAUCCAUGUCCAGAACGCGUCCUGCCACCCGCUUUCAGAGCAUAGCCAACAAUGUUUUCCGCGGUCUGAGUGUUGUAAUGGUUCCAGUCGCCUGUACUGUGCCCUCAGCUUUGUGUGUUUACUGGGUAGCAUCAAGUAGUUUCGGCCUUGCGCAAAAUCUUCUGAUCCUCUCACCGGAUGUGCGACGAUCUGUGGGAAUUCCCAAGACGCAAACAGAACUAAGCCAGCCGUACGAUUUGAUCUGGCAAAAAAUACAGCAGAGACUUCGACUGGUCGAGGGGCCACCGGCUGAUAAGCCAGCAGCCAAAUGAUCUAGUCCCAUAGACAUAAUCGCUUAGUUUUAUUUAGGUAAGAAGUUGAGUUUGUUUUAUGGUUUAUAUAAAUAUAGACAACCCUUAAAUGCAACUGCGCCACUGUAAAUCAUCAUCAUCAUAAUGAUCAUCAUCUCGAUUUCUCUGAAGCAAAUAAACGAGUGAAAACCCCCAAAA